UAUUUUUUGUUCAUAAAGUAUAACUUUAUGACUUUUAUUGUAAAAAGACUGUAAAAACAAGAAAGGAAAGUACUAGAGUUAUAUAUAUCAUAGGCACCACAAAGCUUUCGAAGUUCAAGGCAGCACACGAUAGAGCGAGCUAUGGAAAAUUUGAUUCCGACCAAAGGAAUUCUCAAGAGCGAGGCUCUUCAAAAGUACAUCUUUGAAACGACGGCAUAUCCAAGAGAGCAUGAGGAGCUCAAGAAACUACGAGAAGCUACGGUCCACAAGUAUGGCAAUUUAAGCGAGAUGAAGGUACCAGUUGAUGAGGGGCACUUUUUAUCGAUGCUUAUAAAAAUGAUGAAUGCCAAAGAUACGCUAGAACUCGGUGUUUUCACGGGCUAUUCGUUGCUCACGACUGCCCUCGCAUUGCCUGAAGAUGGCCGUAUUACUGCAAUAGACAUUGAUAAAGAAGCUUAUGAGUUAGGUCUAGAGUUCAUCAAGAAUGCAGGUGUUGAUCACAAAAUCAAUUUCAUCCAAUCCGAUGGUCUUCAGGCCUUAGACAAGAUGUUGAACAAGAAUCCAAGACCGGAGUUCGAUUUCGCAUUUGUUGAUGCUAAUAAGACAAACUACGCCAAUGCAUACGAGAGACUAAUGAAGCUGGUGAAGAUUGGGGGAAUAAUAGCUUUUGAUAACACAUUGUGGUUUGGGUAUGUGGCUGAGGAAGAGGAGGAUGUGCCAGAGCACUUGAGGGUGUGCAGAAAAGCCCUCAUGGAGUUGAACAAGCAGCUCGCUUCUGAUCCUCACAUCGAGAUCUCUCAAGUCUCCAUUGGUGAUGGUGUCACUCUCUGCAGACGCCUUAUGUGAUUAACGAGACUCAUCAAAGUACCAAAGUGUUCUUUGUUUUUAUUUUAUUAAGUGGUAGGAAUCUUUAAUGCUCUCUUGUCUUGUGUUCUUGCUCAUUGUGUGUUCUUUCCCGUGGGAGAUGAGUUCCGGUUGGUGUGUUGGAUUAAUUAUGCUAAAGAUUGUUCCCUUUAUAUAUAUCAUAUCCCAGAUAUCAGCAAA